ACGCGAGUCUGCGCUCGGCUGCGCUGUGCAGUGCUGGAGCGCAAUGGCGGCGUGCCGGGGGUCCUCUUCGAGGUGGUUCUUCACCCGGGAGCAACUGGAAACCACGCCGUCCCGCCGCUGCGGCGUUGAGCCGGACAGGGAGCUGUCCUACCGACAGCAAGCGGCAAACCUUAUCCAAGACAUGGGCCAGAGACUGAACGUCUCCCAGCUUACAAUAAACACUGCGAUUGUUUACAUGCAUAGGUUUUAUAUGUACCACUCUUUUACCAAGUUCCACAGAAAUAUAAUCUCUCCAACCACCUUAUUCCUGGCUGCGAAGGUUGAGGAACAGCCGCGGAAACUUGAGCAUGUGAUCAAAGUUGCGCACGCUUGUCUAAACCCCCAAGAGCCCCCGUUAGACACAAAAAGUAACGCCUACCUCCAGCAAGCUCAAGAGCUGGUGAUACUUGAAACCAUAGUGCUGCAGACUUUAGGGUUUGAAAUAACAAUUGACCAUCCACAUACUGAUGUUGUGAAGUGUUCCCAGCUUGUGCGAGCGAGCAAGGAUUUGGCACAGACUUCCUAUUUCAUGGCUACCAACAGCCUGCACCUCACCACCUUCUGCCUGCAGCACAAGCCCACAGUCAUAGCCUGUGUGUGCAUUCACUUGGCAUGUAAGUGGUCCAACUGGGAGAUCCCCGUCUCCACAGACGGGAAACACUGGUGGGAGUAUGUGGACCCGUCAGUCACCUUGGAGCUGCUUGAUGAGCUGACCCACGAGUUCCUGCAGAUCCUGGAGAAGACGCCAAGCCGGUUGAAGCGUAUCCGGAACUGGAGGGCCACCCAAGCCGCAAAGAAGCCCAAGACUGAUGGCCAAUCAGCAGACAGCUCAUUUCUGGGACCCUCGUUGAUCCAGGACCACUCCCUGGAGGACUGCCUCCCCGGAGCAUCCAACAGUGCCCCCUUCUCCAAGGCUUCUGCAUCAUUCCCAGUUGCCAUGCCCUCCAACCCUGGUGGUAGACCCCUUUCCUUGGAUGGCCUGGCACCCAUGCCAGGCACUUACACCUUCACGGCUCCCAAUGACUGGCCAGCGGAUCCAGGCCGGGCCGACGCGUAUACCCUCAAACCAGAUAGCCUGGCACUGCCACCAGGGGCGCCGCUCUCCCUGCAUGCAUCACUGCAACCGCCGCGGCCCGACAAGGGCCCCGAGUUCCCCCCUGUCAAGCACGAACACAAGGCUGGGAAGCACCUGGCGCAGCUGCCCUAUGCCGCUCCCAUGCCCCCGCCCCAGAAAAUGUCCCUGGAAAAGUACCGGGAAAAACACGCCGCUGAGCUAGUGGGACAGCGGCGUCGACAGGAGCAGGGUUCAGACACGGAGGCUCGGGACACUUACGCCCACCCAGGACUGGUAGAUGCCCAUCACAGGAAACACCCCCCGGCCCACGCCCACCUCCAGCAGCUCCCAGGAUGCAGUACAGCCUCCUCCCCUCUCAAAAUGAAGUUGCCCCCACCUUGCGCAGACCGGCACCCACCCGAGAAGCGGGACAAGGCCAGCGCCCUGAAGCUGCGGCUACCCGUCCCCCCCGGUGACAAGGAGGAGCUCAAGAUGAAGAUCAAGGUCUCCUCGGACGAGAGUGCGAGUCGCAGCAAACAUUCCAGCCCCUUGGUGGUGGGCAAGGAGAAGCAUCGAGAGCACGGCGUCCACCGGCACCACAAGCAUGGGCACGGGCACCUGCACACACAUAGCGGCAACGGCCGGGGUGGCCCCCAGGGGGCGCUCCGGAGCCCGGUAGGUGCGAGCGCCGAGGCCACGGGUCCUGGCCCCUCCCGGAAGAGGGCCCACCCCGAUGCUGCCUCCCACAACCACCACUCCAAAUCGAGCAAAAGUUCUAAAAGUGCAGGUAGUGCCUCUCGUUGUUCCUCUGUUCGGCAGUGUGUGUCUGCUGACGGCUCUGCUGUUGUUAACCACCCAUUCCCCCCCCCUCCUCCCCCUGUCGCAUACCAGGUGGGCUACGGACAUCUCAGCACCCUAGUGAAACUGAACAGGAGUCAGGUGGAGAGCCUCGGCUCUGAGGGCGCCGGCCCCGGGGCCAACGGCCUGCAAACGGACUACAAAGACACUUUCGAUAUGCUCGAUUCGCUCUUAAGUGCCCAGGGCAUGAACUCGUGAGGGCGGUGGAGUGGAGGGCUCGGGUGUGAGGCCAGGCAUUUAACACGGGAUGGAACGGGAGACCAGAAGGAAAAAAAAAGAAAAAAAAAAUACACUGAGUGAUGUUUUGAAAAAGAGGAGGGUGAUUGGAGUUCCUCUUGAGCGUGGCAUGUGGAAUCUGCCCGUUCCAACACAUACAUACACACACUUGCGGGUGCUGCUUUUUCCCCCAUGAUGUGCGGAGGGGCGGGGGGGAGAAACGUGAUGUAAAUGGUUUCAUCUCCGCGUGAAAAUAGUAUUCUAAAUACUUUAAAGGCAUGAAAGGUGCAAUUUCGUUUUAUUUUAUUUGUAUAAUUUAAACAGUGUUCCUACAACAGACUUCCUGUGUGAAGCUGAUUGGCUGCUUCGGAAAUGCCACGAGCCGUGGCGCUCAGAAAGGGGUGGGUGGGGAUUCAUUUCUUGGAAUGCGUGAUUGUUUUAGUUUGUUUUUAUAACUUUAUACUGUAUGUAUGAGUUGCAUGUUCCAAUCAAAGGAAUACGACAGGAUGCUGGUGACUUUACAGAAGUGGAGAUGAAUGUACAUACAUUUUUGUAUGUUAAAGCUAUACCAUAAAUACUCAGGUUUGGAGCUGCUUGUAAUUAUAACGAAGAUGAUAUAUAGAUGAAUAUAUAAAAGAGACUUGUAACUUGGUGUAAGAGUCCA